GUUUCUGUGCCUGUGAUUCGGCUGAAGAAAGGUUUGCGCUUUUAAUCAUUUAAUGUUUAAAUCAAUACAGUUCGUUUAGAGAAGUGUUUAUACAACUGUAGAAUUAAUUAUGAUCGAAUUAAGCACUGUAAUGUUUUAUCUUGUGACAUAAAUGAAGAUUUUGUGUGAGUAUAAGCGCCACCACGGGACAAAGUGUCAAAACAGAAAAACAACCGAGCAAUCCAUGUGACACUAUUAUAAAGAUGGCUUUUAUUAAAGAAGAGAGUGAAGACAUGAAGAUUGAAGAAGCAUUCAGAGUCAAACAGGAAGAUUCUGAGGAACAAACAGACCUAGUAGCACUGAAAGAGGAGAGUCAAGAAGUGAAUGAAGUGGACGUGAAAGAUUGGAGUAUGAAACAUAAUGAUUUUAUGAAUGGAGAAAAAUCCACACCGACUGAAAAGACUUCCUCAGGAGACAGAGCUCGGAAAAACAAAUCAAGCAGCUGUUUUACCUGCCAUCAUUGUGGAAAGAGGUUCUCUCAAAAACAAAACUUGGCAGUCCACAUGAGAAUUCACACUGGAGAAAAGCCUUUCACUUGUCCUCAGUGUGGACAGAGCUUUACACGUAAAGAAACCCUUAAUAGCCACGUGAGAAUUCACACUAGAGAGAAGCCCUUCAAAUGCCAAGAGUGUGGACAGAAUUUUACACAAAAAGGACACCUUAGUGCCCACAUGAGAGGUCACACUGGACAGAAGCCUUUUACUUGCACUCAGUGUGGACAGGGUUUUACACGUAAAGAAUCCCUUAAUGCCCACGUGAGAAUUCACACUGGAGAGAAGCCUUUCAUCUGCCAACAAUGUGGACAGAGUUUUACACAAAAAGGAAACCUCAGUGCCCACAUGAGAAUUCACACUGGAGAGAAGCCUUAUCCUUGCAAACUGUGUGGGAAGAGUUACUCACGAAAAGACUGUCUUAAGAUUCAUUUGAGAGUACACAUUGGAGAGAAGCCAUUCACAUGUGGCGGGUGUGGAAAGAAUUUCAUAAGUAAAGUAAACCUUUAUCAGCACAUGAGAAUUCAUACAAGAGAGAACUGUUUUGUAUGUCAUCAGUGUGGAAUGAGUUUCAUAGAUGGGAAACAACUUAAGGAUCAUGUUAAAAUUCACAUCGGAGAGAAGCCUUUCAUGUGCCAUCACUGUGGAAAGACGUGCAUAAACAAAUCAAUUCUUAAGGUUCACGUUAGGGUUCACACUGGAGAGAAACCUUUCUCCUGCCCUCAGUGUGGAAAGCAUUUUACUCAAAAACAAAACAUUAAAGUCCACAUGAGGGUUCACACUGGAGAGAGGCCUUUCAAAUGUCUUUGCUGUGAAGAAAGUUUUACAUAUCAAAGAGACCUGAAGCAUCAUUUGCAAACUCAUUCUGAAAACCCAUUGCAGUGUUCCUGAGUGUGGUAAGAGGGUACAGAAUACAGCAGUUUCUGAAAAAACCUGCCUAUUCACUCUGUUGGAGGACAUCUA